AUAUAUAUAUAUAUGUUCAGGAGAGUUACUAUUUGAUUCAAUAGUCAAACUGCAACUGUACUCUUUUAUUCUCUUUACAUUCUACUCUAUUAUUCUACAUUUUACUAUUAUUCUACUGUAACCUCUUCAAAUCGUUGCAGUCUACUCCAUAUUUCUAAGGACUGCUUGCUUUGUGUGAUAUGUUGGUUUUAUUUUUGUUAUUUGGGAGGAGAUUUUUGUCUAUGGUGUGGAUUCAAAUGUGGAAGGUGGCUGUAGUUUUGUGAGGUGUGUGGGUGUGUAAGAUAUUAUGAUAUAUUAUGAUAUAUAGUAUUAGGUCGUAUUUUCAAAGGUGUGGGAUAUUGUCUUGUCUUGUAGCGUGCAUUUUUGAAUGUGUAGGAUAUUGUCUUGUCUGUGUUAUGUUGUGGUGUGACACGUAGUGUGGGGGCGGCUACAGUGUGGGGUAUUUGGUUCGUGUUGUGUAUGGUUUUGUUCGAUGUGUGUUGUAGUGUCAUGCGGCGUUUCCAACGAUUUGUUAUUUCACCUUCUGUGAUUCAAUACCUGUACUUAAAAUCAGCAAAUUGAAAAACGACUGUUGUGUGUUUUGUUUUAAAUUUUUGUCUGAUGUAUUUUACCCUCGAUAUUAUAUAACCUGAAAUAUUUUGUCCUUCGCAUAUUUUAUCUGGGAUAUUUUGUCCUGAGAAUAAUAGUUCUGAAGUCAGUUGUCCUGUCACUGUAUAUAAAUAAAGAAAUAAAACAUAAGUAAAUGAACGAACGAACGAAAAAACGAAUGAACGAACGAACGAUCGAGCAAACGGACGGACGGACGUACGGUAUUUGGUUGCACGAUCUAUCAAGGAGGUCUAGUACUGAUUGUCUUUAAACUUACGUUGCAAUCCUUUGAAAUGUUUAAAGAUAAACUUAAAAUAUUGCAUUAAAAAAAGUGUAAAGGCAUUUUGUUUUCACUCUAUGAAACAAAAAGAAAUGCCAUUUAUCUCAGAUUUUUUUUAAAACAAAACUCUAUUUCUUUAUUACGUAUUCGUUUAAACAUAUAGUACGUUGAAUAGAUUUCAAGCACCAGCGAGUACAUCUAGUGUUUUAAAUUCGCCUACAUGACUGUGCCUCAUUCUUUUAUGAAACAAUCACCACACAACACAGCCUUAACAAGCUACGUCUACAUACCUUUGUUCAAUGUUGCGAGACGCCGAGCCGCUUACACCGCGUCAUGACUAUGGUACACCCACCUAAACAACCACCGCUAAACAAAGUACUCAAGUUAUCAUCAAAAGAAUGUAAAGACUCCACCACCAUCAUCACAGUUACAUGUGUAGUUUUUUUUUAAAUAAAGGUAGUUUUUUUUUUUCGAAAAAAAAUUAUUCUAUUUUAUAAAACAUAAGCUAAAUUCUAAAUAUAUUUUUUGCACAUAAACAAACUCGUGUUGAGAAAUUUUCUGUUAAGAAGUGUGUAAGAAUUAUGCUUAGAUUGAUUAUAAUGUUUAAUGCAAAUUGAUUUAGAAUAUCUACUUGGUAAUCGACAUUAACAUUUUUUACGGGCAAACAACCGUCGGGCAAGUGGCAUCCGGGCAUUUGUCCCAAUCGUGGAAGUGUCCAUUUGGGCAUUUGUCUUAAUCGGGCGGGCAAGUGUCCAUUUGGGCAUUUGUCUUAAUCGGGCGGGCAAGUGUCUUUUCGGGCAUUUGUCUUAAUCGGGUGGGCAAGUGUCCAUUUGGGCAGUUGGCCCAUUCAGGCAAAUGUCUAUUUGGAAAAACAGCCGUCGGGCAAACGACCUUCAUGUAAACGGCAAGGUUUCUCCAACUAGGCUAUAGUCAAGGUGAUCUAGACCAGGAAGGAGGCUGUUUUGCUUACGUGUUACUAUAUUUAGCCGAGGUGUUCAGGUCUAAGGCUUGCCGAGCAUAUGUGCGAUUUGUAGUGUAAAAUGUAUACACUAUGGGGUUUUUGCAAUGUGGAAUGUACGCAGUGUGGGACUUAUGCAGUGUGGGAGUUGUACAGUGUUGGAUUUGGGAUUUGUGAAUAGAGCGAAUCAGAGAGUUUGUUCGAAACAGAAUUUGAUUGUAACACGACAGAAAUAUCUGUGUGCUUAACUGUUACUAUACACACUAGUGUUGCCAAAAAAUGACUGAUAACCAGAAACAACACCCAGACCGAACAUUGACGUCACGUGUUACCAUCAGUGGAAAAGUUGACUUAAAAACUGUUAAGUACUACAAAAACCCUUCUAGGUUUGGCAAAAUCAUCUUCGCCAUUUUUGUUGCAUCUAGUAUCAUAACCGGAUACCACUUCGUAACGGAUAUAGUAUUCUAUAACCUCUACAGUAGACCAUUCAACGUUAUAGAAACUUCCAGUCACGACUCCUACGAAGGCAUGAAAGUAUUCAUAUUUCUGAGCAACAGCAUCGCCUAUGUAGUUGUAAGCCUGAACAUCUUCACCCAUAAGUUUAGAGGCAGCUCUUGCAGCGCUGUGAUCACAUUUUGGGUCUCUAUUUUCACAUUGAGUUUCUGGUUUGGGUGCAGUCCGAUCAGGAUUUCAGAAAAGACCAUGGUACUUGAGAAGGUUGGCGUUUAUUACGCACUGGACAUUGCUGCACAUUGUGUUCAAUUUAUUUCUGGGAUUUUAUUGCUCGUUGAGUUUAUUAAUAUCACGUUAUAAAUGUGUGUUUGUGUGUGUUUCAGUCUAUGUAUAUGUAAUAAAUAUUACCAUUAAGACCAUGAAUUCUUAGAUACGUGUGUAUACAUGUAUGGUUAUAAAUAUAAAAAUAUAAAUAUCAAUAAAAACAUAUA